AUGUCACAAUUUAUCAGUAGGUCGGAAGCCAGGGAACUGACAUACAAGACCCUUGUCGGAACUGUGAGAACAAACAAGAAGAAAAUGCCACAUCCGCUGCGGGACAAGGAAGAAGAGGAACUUGGGUCUAGUGCUUCCAACUACACGAAGGAGAUGCGCCUGUACGUGACCUCCAGGACCAAAAGGAAACUGGUGCCGCAGCUGUCCCAACACACCCAGCCCAACAUUGCCGCCAGUGACAAGCCAGAAAUCACCAAGCUCUCAAAUGCCACCAAAAGAGGGAUAGACACGUUCGACCAAAUGUGUGCAGUCAACUCCUGCUCGAGGAAGACCCGACACUGGCCCCUGUGCGCCGUGUAUGGGAUGCUGAAUGCAGCAUGCAUAAUUUCGUACAUCAUUAGCAGUGAAAAUGUGGUUCGGGGAGGCGCCAUACCGACAGAGAAACAUAUACAUGCUGCAGUUGGGUGA